AUGCCGUCGGAUCAUGGUGGAGCAAUAUUCGUCGACGUCUCUGUAGGCCAGCGGGAAGAGCCUGGUCGAGUGCAGGUGUCUCGCCAACAAGCUCACCAUUCAGCCGGAAAUACCUGGGAGAAAGGGCUUAUUUACGUAGCCCCCACAUGCCAGAGCACGGAGCACCAUGGUGCCAGCCCCAUUGCUCGAGUUGGCCAUGGCAAGAUCCCCACCCGUCUAGGCCGCGUUCUGUCACGCUCGCCGAACGAUCUGGCCCCUACAUUGAGAGAUCGCCAGGUCCCCAUCGCCGCUCUCCUUGUACAUACAAGUACAGUAUGA